AUAAACUCGUAUCUCAUCCAAACAAACAUCAACACACACACACAGAUCCACCACCAUGGAGAAUUCUCCCUUCUUCCUCCUCCUCUCCACCGUCCUCCUCCUCCUCACAGCCACUCCCGGAACCCACUCUCAGCCAGCCGCCGCUCCGGCUCCACCAGGACCCACAAACGUCACAAAAAUCCUUGAAAAGGCAGGCCAAUUCACAGUCUUCAUCCGCCUACUCAAAUCAACAGGCGUUGCUAACCAACUAUACGGCCAGCUCAACAACUCCGACAACGGAAUCACUAUCUUCGCACCUAGCGACUCCUCCUUCUCCAGCCUCAAAGCCGGAACCCUAAACUCCUUAUCCGACGAGCAACAAGUAGAGCUAGUUCAGUUUCAUGUCAUACCAAGUUACGUCUCUUCCUCAAACUUCCAAACCAUCAGUAAUCCUCUCCGGACGCAGGCCGGUGACUCCGCCGAAGGACAUUUCCCUCUCAACAUCACGACCAGUGGCAACACCGUGAAUAUCACCUCCGGUGUAACCAACACCACCGUCUCCGGCAGCGUCUACAGUGAUGGACAGCUAGCUGUUUAUCAGGUCGAUAAGGUUUUGCUUCCUCAACAAGUUUUCGACCCUCGUCCUCCUGCGCCGGCUCCGGCUCCUACGGUAGCGAAGUCGAAGAAGAAGAAGGAGGAUGGUGAUAGUCCCGAUGAUGAUUCUCCGGCGGACGCUUCGUUGGCUUUGCGUGAAGUUGGUUCUGUUCGUAGUGCCGUGUUGGUUUGCGUUAUUAGUAUAUCGCUUGCAUGGUUUUAUUUGUGAUGAUAAGUUUUUCUAUUAUAUUACUCAUGCAUUUUUCUUCCUUGUGAUUUUGAAGUAUUAUUUCUCCGUUUAUUGUCAUGGAUAUUGCGUUUGAUUAACCAUAUUUGGUUUUUAUUUUGUUUCAUUUUUGUGAGAGUGAAUUUUAUUUUUGUUUAUCUCUUAGAUUUUUUUUUUUUGCC